AUGGUAGAUGUCGGGCGUCCCGAUUCGCCCAACUCGUUCCAGCGAGCUCAGCUCGGCAGCCCGGACUCCGUGAAGGUCGAGUUCGAUCGGGCUGCCUCUCCGCGCUUGCACAGACGCCGGCCUUUCUCAAGAGGCGGGCGGCGGCCAGCUCGCGCUCCGGAGCCAUGGGAGGAGAUGCUGGACUUGGUGCCGGCCCCGCCUCCCCCUCCAGUCACAGGCGGCGUGCGCACCUUCGAUCAGCUGCCUUCCGGUGAGAUUCAGUCCAGAGGGAACAAGGAGCCUGUGCUGCGGGCCGACUGGACUAUUCGACGCUUGAAGGUUGACAUGAAGACGGUGCAGGUAAAGUACAGGAGCUUGCUUGUGCCAGCGGGGCAGUAUAUAUCUUCUGCACAUUUCCGGCUAGGCAGCUGGCCCGCAAGACAACUAGAAGGUUUGUUGGGCAUUCCGUUGAAGACAGAAUCGGCUUCCGCGAAAGUUUCAGCAAGCAAGUUUGCGACUCCGAAAUUGCAUGCAUUGUGCAAUGGUUGCCGUGGUUGGCUUGUUCAAGUUGUACAGACCCGUUUCCCCUUGAAGUGA